ACCGUUCGUGGAAGUUAAAAAAAUAACACACUUCAAUAUCAAAAAGAAGAAAGAAAGAAAGAAAGAAAGAAAAACACAGACACACACAAGUCUUUCUUCAGCAAAAGGAAGAAGGAAAAGAAGAAAAACAAAGUCUUCUUUUUUCCCCAAAACAGAUCAAAUGCCAUCUUUAAGAAUGAAGACCAAAUCAAGCACGGUUUCUUUAAGAGACAAAAAUAGUCUCCGUGUGUGUCAGAGGUCUAGCAUGAUUUGCAAAAGGCCAUGCUGUCAUGUCAGGGUUUCCCAGCAGGGAGCUGAAUUCAGCACAUGUAUUCAGAAUUCUCAUGAUGAUCCAUCAAAUGUAGAAGUAGCCUCCCCAAUUUUUAAAACUGAUGGAGCCAGUGCUCAGCAACUAAUUCUGGAUGAAGACGGUUCUGAGCUUCGGAAACAGCUUCCAGCUUUUGUUGAUUCUGCAACUUUGGGAGGAAUGGAAUCUGCCCAUACAUGUGGCUCAAACUUAGAGACAAUAUUCUCUCCUUAUCUGGAGCCAAUCCAAAUACACAGUGAGCUAAAUAUUGACAAUGAUGCAGGGAGUAAUAAUGGCCUUGAACUGCCAGCAUUUGGGGCUGAUGACAGUGAUGAUAACAAAAGCUUAUUUGUCAGUCAAACAUGGACCUAUUCUUUUCCUGAUUUUAAAUGUUCUGAGCCAAGUAUGUUGUUUGAUGUGGCCGAGCAAUGCAUGAUACUGCCUUUCCUUGAGGACACUGUCAAAGCCAAUGAUACUAACGAUUUUCAUUUGCAUGAGGAAUCCAUGAUGGCCCAAGAUAAUACUGGUUUAUGUCUAGCAAUUGAUCAGAUGAGAUCCUGCCUACAAGAAUCUGAUGUUAACUCUGACACUGAUCAAGCAGAUGACUUUGAUCCACAAGCAUUUAUAAAAAAUUUACCAGAGCUAUCUGAUGUUGUAUCAAGCUUCCGGCCUGCUAGUGUUCUGACAGAGGCUUGGAAAAGGAAGCUGAUAACUCUUGUGCUUGAUUUGGAUGAGACUCUCGUCCACUCUACACUAGAACAUUGUGAUGAUGCUGACUUCACCUUUACAGUAUUUUUCAAUAUGAAAGAGCACACUGUGUAUGUAAAGCAGAGGCCUCACCUACAUACCUUUUUGGAGAAAGUUGCAGAGAUGUUUGAAGUCAUCAUCUUUACUGCCAGCCAAAGCAUUUACGCAGAACAAUUACUGGACAUAUUGGAUCCAGAUCGAAAGUUCAUAUCUCGACGGGUUUAUCGUGAAUCAUGCAUUUUUUCAGAUGGAAAUUACACUAAAGACUUGACAGUUUUAGGUGUUGAUCUUGCAAAGGUUGCUAUUAUUGAUAAUUCUCCACAGGUUUUCAGGUUGCAAGUGAAUAACGGGAUUCCUAUUAAGAGUUGGUUUGAUGAUCCAUCCGAUUGUGCACUAAUUUCAUUACUUCCCUUCUUAGAGACUUUGGUUGAUGUUGAUGAUGUCCGUCCUAUCAUUGCCAAGAAAUUUGGUAACAAGGAAUAAGAUUCUGAAUAGCUUUUAAUAUAUUUCCUUGUCCUCAUAUUUGAUUUUAAGUGAAAUUUGGCCUCUAAUUAAAAACUCAAUUCUCUUCAAAAUUAACCAUGAAAUAAGGUAUCAUCUGUCUUCUUCUUCUGUCAGCAUUGCUUGUUUCCUCUUCUUUCUACCCUUAGUUGACAACCCUGUGGAGUGCUUGUUGUCUUUUAAUCAAAGGUAGUCAUAGAAAGUGUCUGUUUACUGUAUAGUUCAAGUUCCAAUGAUAUAAGCUCUGUAUAUGAAUUAUUGUUGAAAUAUAAUUUUGCAGAUUCCUGUUUGCUAUCUUAUUCUGUUGCUUUUAUCUUGUUUUUUAUUCAUUUUUCUUCUUUUUUGUCGUUUUCUAUGAAAAUUAUUUAGACCCCCAUCUAUGCUCGUAUUAAGAAAUUAAAAGUUUAGAAUGGAAGCUUGUAGGAAAUUUUAUCUGUCUGACUAGGCCCUUCUGUUUUUUUGAUAGUUCAUACUGGCAUCAGUGCAUAGUUUUUGUUAGAAAAACAUACUAGCUUGAACCCCUAUAAGAUCUUAGCUUAAACUUUUGAUAAUUAUGUCUCUAAAUUCCAUAACUUGAACUUUGGAUAAUAAUUUCUGUAAGUUCUAUAUGUGAAACAUAUUGGAGGCAAUCGGAAUUUAAUUUAUUAUUUAUUUGAAACAAAAAGUUCUACUGUCUAAGAUAAGACCCCGCCAUUGUAACUGUCAAUAUGAAGGAACAUAAGGCAUAGAUGCUUUGUAGUAAGGAAACUGUAUGGGAUAUUGGAAGUUGUAAUUAGUUGGUACUUUUAGUUGUUGCUAAAGUUGGGAUGUAGAUAUGAUUUUUUUUAAGUGGUACAAUAAUUUUACAACACUUGAUGAUGGCUCUGAUUGUGCUAAAUAAAGCUUGUCUCAAAUAAAGUUAAAAAUUGCGGCUUUAGCAGUUCCUAACAUAGGACCCUGAGAAAAUGAAGUAGUUGAGGAUGGAAAGAAUAAUCAAAUCUGACAUCUUGAUCUGCUUUUAUUAGUCUUUGUGUGCACAUUACUGCUUGAGCAGAAGCAUUUCUUGUUCCGUUAGGUGGAUACAUGGCAUGAUGGUUAAUGAGGAUGGUGCAUAUCACCUUUUCCGAAGGUCCAUUUAUCUAACCUGUCGGCUGCUUGGCCUCAGCUGCAUGCAUUAAGGACCAGAAGAUGACAUUACGAACUCAAAACUGCUAGACUGCUUUCUUUGAAUACAGUAAAUAGAAAAAUGGUACCCUUUGCCAUUGGAGAGGCAACAUGAGUGUUAAAGCAUAUAUUAGCUGAUAAUAAUGUUUCCUUCAAGAAAGUUGGUGAAUUUCAGUAGGAUUUUUUCUUGUAUAUUUUCACCUUCAUACCUAGGCUUAGGUCUAAAUCAAGUACACCGAACUCAGUUAUUUUUAUCUUCCUUCAAAGCCUCAGAAGUGAUUUGAAACAGUUUGCUCAGAUUAGUCAUCGUCCAAAUAGCUUCUCUCUCUCUUUUUCCCCUGAUGCACAAACACACUUAUAUUUUAGUUAGGUUCAUAGUGCUAACGCUAGGGAAGUGGAAAUAGAACAUUGUUAACAACAGCUGCCUGAAGGUUACUUAAGAGUUUAGUUAGUCAUAAAGUCACUUAAGUUUUUGAUUCACUAAAAGUUUUAUAGGAGAAGAGUCAAACAUAGAAGUCUUUUCUGAUUAGGCAGAUAUUCUCUAACUGAUUGUAUAUGUACUUGCGGAUGCUUAUGUUUAAUUCAUGAUUUUAAUUCAUUGAUUUCGUUGUUGUGCUUUAAUGCCAAACUAUCUCCUUGUAUUAUCUUUCUAAAGUGCAUCCUUUUGGAAUUGAUGACAUAUUUAAGAAGUGAUUGAGGUAUUUCAGGUAAGAUGGUGAUAUAGCCCUAGGGCCUUGGGGGUAAACUAUAUUGUUUCUGGGAAAGAUUUAGAUUUAAUGAUACUUAUGAUUCGAGAAGAUAGUGAUUAUGUUAAACAAUUAGUUUAAUUUACUCAGUUGCAACACCUGGACAUUUGCCAUAAAAAAGAGGUCCAGUUGGGGUGUUUACUAGGAUCUUGACACAAAGACUUUAAGAUAGGAAUGGAUUCGAAGAUGGAAAACAAUGACAUGAUCUGGGGUUCUACAGUGCAAGAAGGAGCUGCCUCCUGGUCAAGGUUUGGUUAAAUUAUAAGAAGAUUAUGGAGUUGAGGUUAUAUUGCCAUCAGCAAAAUUGGAGAGUUAAAGAGAGGAGGCUUAUAAGAGUUAUAGCUACACUGCUUGUCAUAACAUCUGUUGAAUGCUUUGAGUUUGAUCAUCUUAACAGUUUUAAAGUUUUGCAUGCCUUACGUGCAGGUCUUAUGAUGAACAUUACUAGAUUAUCCGCUAAUGGCAAAAUAAUAGGUACGCGGAAUUCCAUUUCUGUGCAACCUUUCUUCCGAAUGUACUUAAUAUAGCUACUGACCUUGUAUAAUGCUGACAAGUUUUCCCACUUUGAAUUUCCAAAGUGAUUAUAAGAACAAAUGGAGUGAUGGAUGUAAAUUUUAGAUGAUAAAGAUAAUUGUUGUCAUUUAUAGUUUAAUGUUAUUUUUCCCCUCCAUUUCUUACUUGUAUGUAUAUGGUAGGUGUUUGGAGGUUAACAGAA